UGAUAAGAAAGUGGAACAUCUAUCACAAGUGUUAAUCAUGUGGACUCUUAUACUAGUAUUUUUGUCAUGCUUAAUUCUUCCUCAAAAUUCAUCCUGCAUCGAAACAGAAUCUUGCCUUGAAAAUGUUUUGAAAAGACUUCAGGAUCUGGAAAACAGAGUUUCAGUCCAAGACAGUGUUAUAGAAGAACUACGUAAAACCACAGCAACGCUGCGUGACUCUAAUGCUGAGCUGCGUGAAACAAAUACAGAACUACAAGAAACAAAUGCAAAGCUACGUGCAACAAAUGACAAAUUGCAUGCCGCCAGUUUCCAGCUAGUUGAAACCAAUAAAGAACUGCGCAACGCUUAUCUACAUCUUAGUGAAGCCAAUGCAGAAUUACGUGAAGCAAGUAGAAUGAAUCACAAACUGACGAGCUUAAAAGCCUUUAAACCAGCAAAGCGAUUUGUGUUGAAUAAUGAAGGCCCUGUGGCAUUCACUGCUGCAAUUUUACCGCUCGUUAUUGAUCACCUAAAAACUAAUGACAUAGUCAAGUUUGAGACGGUGAUAACGGACAUCGGCGGAGGUUAUAACAACCAAUCAGGUGUGUUUGUUGCCCCGGUGACGGGUAUCUACAUGUUCAGCUGUUCUUUGAUGGAACACUACGAGAUGGUGUCAAGUGGUGUCAUGGUCAACGCCGAAAUUGUUCAAAGUCAGCGCGUCCUUGGAAGAAUUUUCGCUGCAGAACCUGGUAGCUAUCAUGACCAGGGUGCACAGACAGUUUUUACACAUGUCAACCAAGGCGACCAAAUCUGGGUUCGGACAAUCGAUAAUCAGAAUCUUGGCCUCGGUGGAGAAUUAUAUUCAACAUUUUCAGGAUAUUUGCUACUUGCCAUGUAA